AAUUGCCUAAGCUAAGAACUUCGCGGACAUGUUUACAAGUCACUUCGGUAAUACAUAGCGAUGGCUGGAAAGGACUGGUUUCUUCUAGCAGCGGUUUUGGGACUGUCGGCCAUUGUUUAUACCUUUGAUUAUGAUCCUUAUCAGCUCUUGAGUUUACUGGUACUGAAUGGCCUUCGUUUCCUGAUCAUAUCUGUGGCUUUGAGUGGUGUCCUGUACAUUUGUUGGAAGUAUCUCAAGGGAUUUUUAGAAUCUAAAACAAAAGUUGUAGACAUACUGCCCACUGAAGAACAGAAAUACAAAGAGAAAGAAAAGGAAAUAAGACAGAAAAUUCAGGAAGAUUAUGCAGAAAAAGCAUCUGAGUAUAGAAAAAAUGUAUUACAACCCAAAGAAGAAGCUAAACGCCAAAAGCUAGAGGAACAAUACUAUAGAUUUGCAGGUCCAGCUUGGAAGGGAAAGGGAACACCACUUGGAUAUGGAGAAGAAGAUAAUGGUGCAAGCAAACACAAAGCCAAUGGCAAAACUGGGAAAGAUGCAGCAAAAGCCAGGAAAUUGCCUGAACACCACAAUCAAUCAGUUAUGCAAGAAAAGCCAAAGCAAAGGAAGAUAAUCACUCUCCCAGAGGAACCCUCCCCAGGGACUCCUGACACUGUCUUCCUCUCCUUCAGGACACCCCUGGGGAAAAUACACAGGAGACGCUUUAUGCAGUCAGAUAAAAUACAGGUAUUAUUAGACUACAUCACCAAGCUUGGCUACCACCAGACUAUAUAUACAAUAUCUACUACUUACCCAAGAGUGACUCUUAGUGACCAAGCUGACUAUACUCUGAAGGACCAAGGUCUCACAGUGGACAUGAUGCUGAACUUGGAGUUAAAGGAUCCAGAUAUUCUACAAGAUUGAGAAUGUGUUAUGAGGUUAUAAUGGAAUGGUAUAGCCACAUGUCAGGGGCAUCUUCCCUUGAUGUCUGAUGCGUGGAGAGAUAAAGGUUUAGAAACGGGGACGAUUGAUGGUUAUCAUGAAGGUGACUGGUUGCAGAUGGUGUAUCAAGGUUGUGGACCUGUUGACUUUAGCAGAAAUUGUCACAGUGUUUAGUGUUCAGCGGAGGUUUCUAGUGAUAUGAGUAUCAAAGUGGCAGACCAAAUGCUUGAUGAAUGAUACUUCAUGUUAUUGCAUAUUUGAAUUAAUUAUUAAGAGAAUGAAAUGUGUGUUUCGUUCAUUAAUUUGGGAACAGAAUAUAAGUUAACAAAUUGGUAAACAUUUCUGUGUUGUGUAUUUCAUAAAAUGUUUUUUUAUUUAUUUGGAACUGAAGCUCAUUAAUAUAGCUCUAAUUAAUAUUAUAAUUACAGUUACUGCUUAAGUUGGUGCAAGUUAUGUGGCCUGUGGUGUUUAUAUUUAACGGCAAUAUUAUGUCUCAAUUAUGCAGAUACUAAGUAACUAUUUUUACAGUAUAUUUUUGGGAGGUUCUUUUAACAGAAUAGAUGCAUAAUGCAAAGGUGAAAUGUAGUCUUGCCUUUUAUUGCAUUUUAAAAAAGAUUCCUUUAUCUAAAAACACCUAGUCACCACAGAUUUUUUAAUUUUCAAAACAGCAAAAGUUAUAGGUGUCAGUUUAUUGUCCUUUUAUCUCAUGCCGUCAUAUAGAAAUAUGUCAUGGCUAAAACCUUGUUAAAUCUGGAACUCAGCUGUUAAUUCACAGCAUAUGCAGCCUUAACAGCAGUACAAGCCUUUAUACUACAGUCACAGUCAGAGCUAGUACAAUCAACUCCUUCCACCUUGCAGUUCUUUAAAAUAGAGUGUAUAAUCAAGGGGAUUUCAGUUGGUAGUGUUUUCCAACAUGAUCGUUCAAAAAUGUGUAGAUCUCAUUUUUGAAAGCGUUCUCGAAAUGAUAAUCCUCAAAGACAUUGGUCCUCAGAAUUAUGUAAAAACUUUGAUACAUACAGAGUUGACAACCUUAUAUACAGUGAAAGGUUCACAAUAUAAAACCUGUGUGAAUAAAUCUCACAGAGGUAACAUAUUGUGUUCUCUGGCACAACUUUCACAACUAACGCAAUCAGUUCUGAAGCGUUAAACUUGUCCAUAUUGACCAGAGUGUAUUGGUUACAGCAAGAGAUAGCUUUUGUUUUCAUAAGAUAAUUCUCCUGAUGUGUUUCACAGAUUGAAUUUACAUAAGUUGACAGUCUCAACCAAAAAAAAAAAAAAA